AUGUCUUGUUCCGAUUUGCCACCAUACUUACUACAAGAGCUACCAGAUAUCACAGAAAGUAUCAAUUACCCGAUAAAAAAUGUUCAACGUAUAAAGUACACAUGUUUUGACAUUUCAAAGUCGUUGAUUGCGUUUGGGGCUACCAGUGGAGGCAUCUACGUAUUUAACCGGACACCAUGUGAAUUUGUACAAUUAAUACCAAAUAAGGAUGGAGCCAUCACACGUUUGGCAAUUUCGAAGGAUGAGAAACAAAUUGGCUUUGCUAACGGCAGGGGCUUGGCCACGGUUACUGAGUGCAAUCAGUCCCUCAGUGGUGGUCAUUCCACCGUUGUGUCUAAAGAACAUCAAGGGAAUGAGAUCACAGCCAUGAUCUGGAGUACCAAUCAUAUGCUUUUCAUGGGAGAUGAUGUUGGUAAAAUAUCAGUGUUGCAGCCGCAGAACUUUAUAGCAAAAACAAUGUUUCAGAGCUCGUCACUGACAAUCAUGAGUCUCGAUUCUCGUAUUUGUCAAUUGGACAUGAAGUCAUGCAUGUUACUUGUAUCAACUCUAACCAGAUGCUAUGUCUGUGACACUUCUCGAGAACAGUACCGACAAAUAGGCCAAAAACUACGCGAUGGAGAGUACGGUGCCUGUUUCGUAGAUAAACAAACAAAUAACGAACAACACGUUACCAAAACAACUCAAGACUUUACCGAAGUAAGAAAAUAUAACAUCGUCAAUGAUGAUUCAGGGUUUGCUGUAGGCAAAGACCUUGAGAACACAUUAAUUUUCUGCGCUAGACCAUCUUCUAGAGUGUGGGAAGCCACGAUAGAUGGCACUGUUAUCAGAACUCACCAAUUCAAGCAAGUUUUAGGGAAGAAAGCUAUGAAACUUGUGUCCAAUGAAUCAUAUCAGAAUGAAAAAGUUAGCUUAGAUGCUACUGACAGCGACGCUGAGGGACAAUCAGUGAACUUUCCCAAUAUUUUCGCAACUAAUGGAGCCAUAUUUUCGUACAGAAGAAACGCUUUGUACUUCUUAAACAUUUAUGAUGUUGACAAUACAAUUUGGUUUGAUGACUACAAAGAUGUUGUUGACUGUAAAGUAUACCAUGACAUGAUCUAUGUGUGGCUAUCAAACGGCUCUCUGGUUACCUUGAAAUACAUGAAAACGGACAAGUUCUUAGUAAAGUGUUAUGUAGAUGAGAAAUACGUGUUGUGUGCAGAACUGUGUGCCUUGUAUAAAAAUUAUUUAUUGGAAAGUAAUUUGUCGCAGAAAUUGCAUAUCCUAGUGAGUUUGAAAGAUAAAUUAGGUAAUAAAGAGUUAUUGGACAGCAUUAAAGACGUAUUAGAUAAGUUUGAGGGACUAAAAUCGAAUGAUGCUACACAAUUAAAAUCAGGGAUAUAUAUAGUGGACAAUACUUAUCAUGCUCAAUCGUCGUUAUUAGAAAGUGACACAAAACUAAACGAUGACUUCAAGUUCACCUCAUUGCCUCCAGAAGCAAUGCAAACAUUAAAAGAUCUGAGUUUGAGUGUGUCUGAUAAACUAAAUAGUAGCAAAAAGAUACUGAAAGAGAAAUGGGAGGAAAUGAAACAUCUUAGUGUUGAAAAACAUCAGGAAGUGAAAGAAGUACCAGUUAUAGAAAAACAAGAAACCCAAGACGUAAUUACAACAAUAGAUGCAGAUGAACCUGUAGAACAAACUCCACUUGUAUAUGAUAAUGAUAUCAUCUACAAAGAAUCUAGUCAAAAGGCCAUAGAAGUAGAUAAUAACAGUUUAGAAAGGGACAAAGUGAACAAAAGUUUGUAUCAAUAUUAUAAAUUAAGUGUAGUCGGUAAGGAAACAGAUGGAUCGAAUUUAGUUGCUACUAUUGAAAACUAUGCCUGUGAUAUUAGCCAGAUCUACUCACUUAUGUUACAAUUAGAAAGUUAUUGUAUUCACAUUGGAGCUUUUGACGAAUCUAAAUUUGUACCUAAUAAUAUUUUCCUUAGUUACCUAAAUGAAUCUGAGAAGAAAAAUGAAUUGUUGGACACAGUUAUCAAAGAUGAAUCGUUGUACAAAUACUUUGUGGACUCGUGUAUAUCUGUGAAUAUGAAGAGUCAGAAACUGGCGAAUAUUGGUUGUGAUUGUGGGUUCCCUCUACCGUACUCAAGGACGCACCAAACACCAAUGUUCUCUGAGUUGAUUAACGAGUUUAUUGAGAAGCAGUGGUCAAGUCAAACUAGAAGCCAAUGCUACGAUGUUUGUAAACGAAUGCCUUAUUUAUGGAGGAAGAUUCUAUAUUUGCGGAGGAAUGAGGACUUAUUGAAUAUAUUGAGGAUAUUGUUGCAAAUGUUGGACGAGAAGUUGCUGCAUUCUUUUCUGCCUCAGUUUACUUUGGAUACUUGGGAGCGGACAGUGCAGUUGUACGCUACGUUGCAUGCCAACAUGUGUUUAAACUGUGCGAAGAAGUUUGAUCAUAUUAUUGUGAAGGACACUUUGAGUUGGGAUGACUUAGGAGCGCUGAUGAUCAAGUCUGUUGGGGGUAGGAAUGCUAUCAAAGUGAUGGAGAAGUACGCAAGCCUGAUAGAUGAAGGAGCUAUCACUGUGAAGUUCUAUCACACUUGUCUCAUGGUGACCAUGUAUGAGAGAUACGACGCGACUAUCGUUGGACAACUAACUGAUACUCUGUACAGUUGUUAUAAUUUCGAAGAUUCUAGAAUUGAGAUCUGCAGACUAUUGCGCAGUACAUUAAAUGGAAAACCCAAGAACACGGCACUGCCAAUCAUUGCUGCUGCGAAGUCCAAACAUUGGGGUCUACGGCCCCUAACUGCGAAAAUACCAACCGAGGACCAUGAAGUUAAUGAAGACUACAUAUUAGACGCUUCAAUAACCAGUAUACUAGACAAUUUAUCGUACAUAAAUAAUAAUAUAACUGACUGCGUACUAUGUGGGUUGCCACUGCAAAAUACGGUACUAAUCAAAGAUGGCGGACUCUGGGUUUUUAAGUGUGGCCACACUUUUCAUGGCGCGUGUUUAGAGUUGAAUAAAAUCAAGUUAUGUCCUUCGUGUUCGCCUCUUAAGUGA